GUGAUUGCACUUUGGGUGUUGGCAGGAAUAUUGACUGCCCUUCUCCUUAUGGCUUGUUGCUAUUACUGUUGCUGGCAUGUAUGUUGCGGAAAGUACGUAUUGGGAAAUGGAAAUUAUUUCACUUUUUUUUAAGAUCAUUACUUUAGUUUCGACAAUGAAUGCAAGGUUCAUGAGGACGGAAGAGUUUAUUAUUAUUAUUAUUAUUAUUAUUAUUAUUAUUAUUAUUCCACAAUAACAAGUUAAAAUCUCUUUUUCUCGUCGUCUCGAAAACAUCUCACCGUCUUCUUCAAUAUGGCGACCGCAUUAGGUCACACGACUACGCUGGUCAUGUGACAGAAGACGACGAAUUCGGGCGUGACGUGGACGCCUCAGUUGUGGUUGAGGCACUAGCUUCUUGUCCAUGAUUUAAAUUGUACACUUUGAAUUUUAAGAAGCAAAAAACUUGAUGUACAAAGUUUGUGUUUCCUUAGGAAUCAGUUCUGCGAUGAGAUCUGACCAUUUUUAAACUUUAAAUUCUAGGAAUAAGAAACGGAAAGGGCUUACUCACAGAAUCCUCAUCGAGGACGAUGCAGACAAGAGAUGGGUAUUGAUGCCUACUGGUAUGGAACCAGGACUAAAUCGUCCUCCGCAAAGUGAAAUUCAGGAGGUGGUUGUUGAAAUUGGAGAGGAAUCAGGCAAACCAUCGGGUAUGGUAUAGUAGUCCUUGAGUAAAAUAAUGUAAUUUCGUGGAUUAGAGGACAACAAGACGCCCCCUCUUUAAAUUAUAUAUUAACCCUUUCACUUCCAAAUGUGACCAAAUUUGCGAGUCCUUGAAUUUAAUAGCGGCAUGUGCUGACUCCACUCCGAGUAAAUCUAUUGAACGUGUGUGUGUAUCUCCAUCAUCGAAGAAGCAAAUUUGUUUACUUUGUGCGAAAGUUGACGACUUCAGCCGGAAAAAUACAAAAAGGUCUCAUAAAGGGCGAAACCCUUAGACUUCUGAGAGCUAACUCCUCAGCUAAAUCCUUCUAUGAGAACAUCUACAACUUCAAAAAGCGCCUUCGCGCUAGAGGUUACCCUCACAAUCUCGUAGAAAAAAUCACCUCUGAGGUUAACUCUACUGAACGCAAGUCAGGUUUACAAAAGAAAAAUGAAGUGCGAAAGAAAAUUCUGCCUUCUGUUACCUCUUACCUCCCUGCUUUGCAGAACCUUAAAAACAUUUUAACGUGCAAAUGGCACUUAAUUCAACAUCAACCACUACUGAGAGAAAUAUACAACGAGCCUUCCAUCAUUUCAUAUAAAAGAGAAAAAUCGCUGGGAGAUUCAAUGCCCUUAGGACUUGUGAGUGACAGCAUUAUCCCAAAGGGUCCUUGAGAGCUACUCUGAUUGGUCCAAGCGCACCGACCCGUUUUUGGGUCGGUAAAAUUGGCGCCAAUCAAGUAUGAAAAGUCCUUUGACCCGCGCCAUAUGAAAUCCGACGGAGGACUUUUUGAAAGUCUAGCAGAGAGCUUUCAUUUGAAUGGUCACAUCAUAGGAUUAUGUCCGCAGACUCAAAAGUUAGAACCACCUUACAAAACUCCAUCAAGUACUCUGGCAGUGAAAGGGUUAAUAACAUUUUAACAGUAAGCUCGGACGUCAGCAUAAAAGGGCGCCAGUAUCAUCUCGUCGGUCGGGCCCGGUUCUUUGAAACCACGACCUCCCGCUCGGCAGACCGGUGCUCUCCCAACUGGGCUAACCGGGCGGCGGUAAAUAAUAAUUAAGGAUAAAGAAACGAUGAAGAGUUGACCGUAACGAGUACCAUAAGAUUGAUUUAUGAACUCAACCUUUGCAGGAGUCAUUCAAUUUGGCGUCGAGGCAGAUCAGUCAAAGGAAAAUCGUGUGACCGCUGAAACUGUUCAUUCCGAACUACCAGUGUAUUCGGAAGAAGCUGCUACUGUGGACAGUAAUGCCACUACGCUUAAAAUGGAACCUGCGGAUCCAAGAUACGCCAACCUGACGAAAAGAAAGGCCAAUAGAACCAAGAGUGAUUCAGCAGGUUCAUUCAAGACUCGUGGAAAACUUAGCCCAGGAUUUCCCAAUGGAGGUUUUGACGGGUAAGUAACCAUUUUGUUCUACUAGACCCGUUGAUUUCACUUGGAGAACUUAGUAAACCUUGUGGCUGGACAUAACGUGGUUGAAAUCGGCGUUGUAACGAUCACACAGAAAAACCCCGAGAACUAAAUGGUAGAUCGUACGAAAUAAAGGGAUAUUCUUUUAUUGCGAGAGGCAUGUCGAGUACAUUUUUAACACUAUCUGCUUGCUAUGGUUUAGGGUGGGGAAGCUCGCUUGAUUAAAAUUUGCUAUAAAUCUGGCCAUUUUAAAGGUGCCUGUACCGCACUCGUUUUAUAAUACGAUCGUCAAGUCAACAUACAAUGAUCAGGUUAAAUAUCCCAGCCAUUCUUGUUCUUCCAUUUAACCUUCCACGCCAAUGGACCUCCAAGUGAGCCUUUUUUUACUAGCACUCGUUGCAGUAAUUUCUUCUCUUUAAAUCUUGAUUCUUUCUUUUUUUAUUCGAUCAGGUCAUCUGAGUGGUUGUCGGAUUCUUUCGAUAAUGAUGGAAUGAAUCGUGCCAGGAGUUUGGAUGACCUCGCCAUCGUGGAUUAUGAAAUGUUUGAAGAACGCCGUGGCUCAGAUCAAAGCGCAGGCAAAGGUGGAGACGGUUAUAGGAGGAUGAAAGAAACGAGCAGGGAGUCUGUAAACAAGCACCAUGUGGCUAUGGAAGAAAAGGUGUUAUCUUUUAUGUCGAAAAAUGGAGACCAGAACAUGGAAGUCCUGGAAAGUUGGUUUAACCCUGAUGGAGGAGCCGAGGAACCCCGACAGAACAAAGCUAAAAAUGAACCAGUCUAUUCAGAAGUCGGGGCCCAGAUACCCAGGGAUGACCCGGUAUACUCGGAAGUGGGAUCCCAAAUACGUAAAGACGAAUCCAUUUAUUCCGAAGUAGGAUCUCAGAUACCUAAGUAG